AUGCGAGCUGGCCUCCGUUACACAGACGUCUCAACUUUCACUUUCAUUACGUGGAGUCCAGCUGGCUCUCACAAGCUUUCGACGAUCCGUUCGAGCUCCACAUUCGGGCUGGUCUUCACUUGCGCGUCAUGCAGUCGAACACUUUCUGCACGGGUUUAUUUCAGCACACUCUUUGUGUGCAUGGUGCUGAAGUUCCCGCAGAUCUUUGCGCUGAUGCGCUCCAAGUCGUCGGCCGGAGUCAGUCUCAGCAGCCUGCUGCUCGAGUUAGUCGGCUUCAUUGUUUUUGUAAAGUACCAGAUGCACUACGACUACCGCCUCUGACGUACCUGGAUAUCCGAUCUCAUUGCUCAAGACGCCAUUCUUCUUCUUCUGAUUCUUCACUACAGCAGCAGCCUGCGGCAGAGCCUCCUCUACACCGCCGCAUUUGUCGGCUGCUGGUGGAUCCUCGGCCUGCAGCAGUGGCUCCUGAACACAGCCAUGAGUCUCUGCACCUUCAUCAGCGCCGCCAGUAAGUUGGCCCAACUGCAGUGCCUGUGGAGCUCCAAGGACUCUGGGCAGGUUAGCGCCCUCUCCUGGGCUUUGUCGACCUACACGUGCAUUGUGCGUAUUUACACCACCUCGGCGACCAGCGGAGACGUUCAGGUUCUGGUGCGUUUUGUGGUGAUGACGUUUCUCAACCUAUGGGUCCUGCUCACCAUCCUUCACUACCAGAAACACGGCAGCAGCUCCAAGAAACACAGCUGAAGCUUCAAGCUGGGGUUCCGUUACCAUGGCAACCAGCUUCACGUUUCCUCAGCCAGCAGUGCAAAAAAGGAAAAUGACCAAAAAGACGGGUGCAGCCCGGCUCUCUAACAGACUUAUAACAUGUUUGGUUUUUGUUUUUAAUAUUUUCCACUUGUGGUUUUUGCGACAUUCCAACGUGGUGCUUGAAACUUGCUCUUUUGUCUGCAGCCUGAAUGAUCACAGAUCAGCAGGAUCAAUCCAACACAGGAUCAAAGACGACUUUAAAUGACUUUAAGAUACUUUACAAUAAACGUCUCUUCAUCUUUG